AUGGAGGAGUUAUGCAGAGCCCACAACUCAGCUGCGGACAAAAUACAGAAACUUGAAGAGGAACAAACAAUCUUACGGCAAAAGAUCGCCGAUUUUGAAGACCGCUCAAGGCAAAACAACGUUAGUUUUAGGGGUAUAGUGGACUCUGUCACCACCGAGAAGCUACCUGCUUACCUCAAGACCCUGUGUAAAACACUGGUCCCGCAGCUAGAGGUAUCCGAAUGUCUUUGCAUCGCCUACCUCGACCGCAGCGCUUUGCAAAUGACACUCCAAGGGACACCAUCGCUACGUACCAUUUUUCUGAUCAAAGGAUUUGCUCCUAGCAGCCACAACGUGAGAGGAUGA